CCGCCGCGCGGAGCGCCGCACUGUCAAGCUGCCAGUCAACGGAACGCGGUCGGGGAGCCCGCCUCCCCCGCACGAACCGGGCGCGACGUAGCGCCGCAACUCCGGCGCUGCUGCUGUGGAAAGCAAGCAGCGGGUGCGCACACGGAUAAGCUGCGGACGCCGCGCCGCUCCGCGGCACCAGCGCGCGUGCGCAACGCGCCUCCUCUCCCAUUGGCCGCGCGUCACGUGCUUUUGACGUACGACGCGGCGCACGCUCCGAUUGGUCGCGCCGGGCGCGCGGGGGGCGGCUUGGCGCUGAGCCCGAAGCAUGGCCGCGCGGUCGGCGGUGCGCGCCAGCGGAGUGCCGGGAUGCAACGGGAGCAGCACGAUCCGCGCGAGCUGGAGCUCGCUGCGGCGGCAGCGGCCGCCGCCGCCGCCGGCGGCGAGUGGGCGUCGCGCUGGAGUCUCGAACCGCCGCCGCAGUGUCCGCCGCAACAGAGGGGUAACCCCGUGAACGUGGUCGGUGUGGUGGGCCCUCCGCCGCCGCCCGCGCCCGAGAGCCCGACGCAGCAACAGGUGGCCGCGUUAGCGGCGGGCAAGCGGAGCGCCGAGCAGCGCAUCCGAAGGCCUAUGAACGCCUUCAUGGUGUGGGCCAAAGGGGAACGCAAGAGGCUCGCCGACGAGAACCCGGACCUACACAACGCCGACCUCAGCAAGAUGCUGGGAAAAAAGUGGCGCAGCCUGACGCUGCAGGAGCGGCGGCCAUUCGUCGAAGAGGCCGAGCGGCUGCGGUUACAGCACAUGCAGGACUACCCCAAUUACAAGUACCGGCCUCGGAGACGCAAGCACGCCAAACGCGGGUCGCGUCGGGGUAGCCCGUCGCAGCCUGGUAGCCCCGACGAGGGUGGCGGCAACGGCGGCGGCCUCCAGACGCCUCCGGACUCGAGCCCAGCCCGGGGUAGCCCUCCGGACUGCAGUAGCCGUCUCAUGCCCGAGAUGCCGUACGAGACGCCCGUACCACCGACGCCCGAGUUGUCUCCGAUGGAACCCGAAGACUGCUGCGGUCCCAUAGACGACGGCACGGGCAGCCACCUGUCUCAGCUCAUGUGCAAGUUCAACGACAAGUCCAUGUUCCUCAAGAACAUCCGGCCGCCGUACCGGACCCACACGCAGAGGGGUCUCGGUCCUCCGGGUCUGACGCAGCAGCACCUCUGCACGACGGCCUCGACGACGUGCACCACGAGCGGCUACUCGUUCCAGAGGACGCCUCCGACGUCCUACUAUUCGCCCAUCUACGCGGCUACCUCCCCGUACGGUCCUCCUCAGGGGGAUCUACCGCAGGACGCCUACUACGGGGCUCCGGAGCACAUGUACGCGCCCCAGCCUCCGCAGGAGACGUUCCUGGAGCACAGCGACCUGGUCCAGUUCCUGGACGCCGCCACAGCCGCGUCGCCCGUCUGCACGACGGCGGGCGGCUACGCGCCACUGCCGCCUCUGGGUGCGGGCGACCACGCCACGUACGAGACGCUCGGCUCGGAGCCGCCACCGUGCGGCAUCGAGUACUCGACGAUGCCGCCGCAGCCGCACCACCCGUACGGCCUGUACACGACGCAUCACCACCACAGUCAUCACCAGCCAGAGCUGCACCACCAGGAGCCCGGAGCCGGAAUCAUCGCGGCCCUAGCCGAGACGCGGCACAUCAUGUCGUGAUGAUGACAGUAUUUUUUUGUCGUUGUUGUUGGAAGACGUGCUUUUUUUUCUCUCUCUCUAUCUUUCUCGUGUGUUUCUCCGCUGCCGUGGUGGAACCGCCGUUGACUCCAUCGUCUUCCGCGGUGUCUUCCAGGAGACCAAGACAGCGAGCUCCGUAGGUGCGUGCGUGUACCCGAGCAUGUUAUACGUGUGCGUGUGCCUGUGCUGUAUGUGUGAUCGAGAGAGCCUCCGCGCGCACGUGGCUUCCCCGUAUGCCCCCGCCGCCUGUACAGAAAAGAGACCCCUUCCUACUGCAGAGUGAAGCUGACGUUCACCGUUGUGCCUAUAUAACGCGGACCGUGCGUGUGUGUGUCUGUGUGCUGCAAGCCGCGCCGGCAAAGCGUCCUGAACGACGGAGAAGGUCCGUCACGGACUGCCUGCCGACAAAACCGCGGGGGAUCACCGCGGCGUUCGCUACGGUUGCGUGACCGCCGACAUGCACUCCUGAGCAUGCCUCGUCGACUGCUUCCCCCUCCCUCCCACCACUCGUCGUCGUCGUCGACGGGAUGAUGCUGUGCCGACGCCGCCGCUGCAGAACGUCGCUGAACGUAGUCGUCGGGCCUCCGCGAGCGUUGGGUCGCUGUUUGCUGUGAUCGCUGCACCACGUGAUCGGUCCCCCCCGCGAUGUGUAAAAAAACGAAAAAAAAAAAUGAAGCCAAAAAAUGGGGACGAAGAAGAGACGAGACGAGAAGAGAGAUGUUUUAUAUUAAAAAAGACGUGGUUGGCGCGAAAAAAAUAAGAAAACGAAAAAACGAGGCCUAACGACAUAGGCGUGCGCAGGGUUCUCCAUUAGGGGUGAGGCAAGCUUGACCGCAGCGCCUCCCCCCCUCCGAAAGAAAGCUCCGCAACAGAUGCAAAAAUGAAAAAAAAAAUGAAAAUGAAGCUAUGACGCGCUUCUCACAGAGGCAUGCCAUUGGUUCCCGGCUUUCCGGGAUAAAAGUGAGAAGCUAACAGUUCUUUGAGUGCACCAUCAGGAGUAAUUGGUCCCCAUUAUCCUCAAAAAACUUGCGCACUCAUAACCCUGCGCUUCAAAAAAAUGACGUGAAAAGUCCGAUUUGGUAAAUGUAUGGGGCAGAACUGGUGCCCCAAUUAAUGGAUAGGGGGAGCAGCCUCCCCCCCCCUCCCCCUGUUCCCCUCCUUGCGCACGCCUAUGCCUAGAGAAAAAUCCGCGGUGCGCAUGUCUGUUGUUAUGCGAGCGCCGCCGCUCUCACAGCGGUGACCUCGGUUCCGAACCUCCAUGCCUGAUCUGCUGCUGCUACCGCGAAGUAGGCCCUUCUCACUGUGCAAUAAAUGAACACCACCGUCCGUUCUAUUACACAUA